UAUGUGCAUUGGAAUUUUACCAAAUGUGGCAAACAAACAAUGAAGAAAUUGCAAGGUUCCAAUUUCAACGAGUGGGAGUGAUUUCUGAAAGAGCUCCAUUAUUGUCUCGAAAAGACAGUGAUCUUACAAGUUGGAGUUCAUCUUAUGAUUCUUUCUCAAGUGAUGAAGAGAAUUCUAGUGAAGGAAAGUCAAUAAUAGAAGGAGAAACUAGCAAUAAUGAUCUUAGAUGUUUGUGUGUUAUCUGCUUUGAAGCAAGAAGGGAUUGCUUUUUUCUACCAUGUGGCCAUUUUGCAACAUGCUAUGCUUGUGGAACAAGAAUUGCUGCAGAAACUUGCACUUGUCCAAUUUGCAGAAGGAAAAUGAAGAAACUAAGAAAAAUUUAUAUUGUGUAGUUUAGAUGAGUAUCACAAAUGUAAAUAAAUCUAUUUGAGUUUCUUUUUCUCGAUU